AUGUGCCUGCUGGCCGGCCUGUUCGGAGGGGACGCGCACCACGACGGCGACGGCGACUCUGCGCGGGCCGCCUGGAAGCCGUCCUGCGGGAACCUGGGGCUGCUGCUGCAGCGCUUCAUGGAGCUCGCAGUGAUGCCGUACAGCAGCGGGGCCGUGGCCACGGUCUCAGCGAUGCCGGUGCCCUCGGCCAGCCGCUUCUCGGCGGGCUCCUACCGCCUCAGCUCCUCGCUCAGCAGUCCCAGCUACUACACGUCCGAGUACCGCUCCAAGUACAGCACCCCCUCCAGCUCGACGUCGUCGGUGGCGGCGUACGGCCGGCGGCACCUGAGCCUGUCGGAGGCGGACUCCGGGCUGGGCGCCUCGUCGCGCUACAGCUCCGCCUCGGGCUCCAGCUUCAGCCUCUCGUCGUCGUCGUCGCGCGAGCGCAGCGAGGCGCGCGAGCCCGCCUACUCGCGGGCGUCCAGCCGGUCGCGCGCCGACUCCGGCGCCACCUCGGCGUCGGCGUCUGCCGGCUCGUCGGCCGGCGUCUCGGGCGGGCGCGCCCAGCGCAGCUCGACGGCGGCCGCGCUCGACGCCGUCCAGGACCUGUACAACAAGUACUCGCCGUCCGCCUACCUCGCCGAGCGGCCGCCGCGCGCCACCGUCGCCUCGACCACCGCGCAGCGCUACGCGCCGGCCGUCGCGGCCACGCGGACAGAGGAAAUCAGUGCUUCUCCACGUCUCUUGCGUGGCUAUUCACGAACUCCAGGAAAUGAACGCGGUGGUCUUGCUGGCUUGCGUAACAUUGGAAAUACAUGCUUCAUGAAUUCUGUGAUCCAGUGCCUCAGUAAUACAAAACCUCUGCUGGAAUACUUGCUCAAUGAUGGCCACCUGACUGACAUAAAUACAACUGUUUCUGGUAUGAAAGGAGCCCUCAUUAAAGCAUUCACUACAGUAAUUCAAGAACUAUGGCACAGUGACAGUAAUGGCACAGUCGUAAAUACUACAGCACUGAAAUCACAAAUCCAACGAUUUGCACCACGUUUUAUGGGCUACAGUCAACAAGAUGCUCAGGAAUUUCUGCGAUAUUUAUUAGAGGGGCUACACGAAGAUGUGAAUCGUGUUACUGUCAAACCUAAACCGAUUCUUACAGAAAUUGAUGAGACAUUAAGUGACCAGCAGAAAUCAGCCGAAGCUUGGAAACGGUACCUUCGUGCCGACGACAGCAAGAUAGUGGACAUCUUUGUGGGCCAACUCAAAUCGACACUGCGAUGUACGGUGUGUGGUCACUGCUCUGUGACAUUUGAUCCAUUUUGGGAUCUCUCUCUGCCUAUCCCCGUGCGUACGGGGCAAGUACGUCUCCAGCAGUGUCUUGACAGUUUCACACGGGAGGAAGUCCUCGAUGGUGAUGAGAAACCUACAUGUUCAAAGUGCCAGAUGCGUCGAAAAUGUACAAAAAGUUUCACUAUCCAGAAGUUUCCGAAGAUUUUGGUGCUUCAUUUGAAACGGUUUUCACCUACUGAAAGGUUCCGUGGUAAAUUGAAUGUGACUGUUGACUUUCCACUAACUGGCCUAGACCUGAGUGCGUAUGCUGCUAACAGGGGUCAGGGUUGCACCUACAACUUGUAUGGAGUUGCAAACCACUCUGGGACAACUUACUCGGGACACUACACUGCGUACUGCAAGCAUCCUUAUACGGGAGAAUGGCACGAGUACAAUGACUCGAGGGUAUCAACCAUUUCAUCUAGAAGUAUCAUGUCAAGUGAAGCCUAUGUCCUAUUUUAUGAACUUUUUGGACACACCUCACAUUUAUAAUCUUAGUGUGCCUCCAUUAUAUUGUGCUUCACCAGUUGAAAAGUGAAAGAACACUUAAAAUCUCAGAUUUUAUACAAAAUUUGACAUUGAUCAUGGUAUUAUUUAUUUAAUUUUGAAAUUAACUGAGGAGGUGUUGCCUGUUUUUUAUUGCUGGAAAGUUUUUUAAAUUAUAUGUUUGUUUUAAAGCAAUGUAACAAGCAAAUUGUGUGAAAGAGAAAGUGAGAAAGACACGUCAGAAAUCUUAAGAAAAUUGUAUAUUAUUAAAAUAAAAGAGAAACUAUCAAACUUCUCAUAAUAUUAUGAACAAGAGUAAUGAAAUAAUUUCAUUAUUUGUCAUAAAAUAACCUGCAUGAUGCACUAGUACAAACAAAAUGUCCCUGUUAUUGUCAUUGUGCAUCACAGCUAACUAUGUUUAACAACUGAGUGGAUUUUUUUUAAAUAUAUGUAAGAAUCAUUAUGCCUGUGAGUAUUUUUUUAAUUUUAAAAAUAUUUUAUAAGGGUAUAGAAAUGUUACCAUAAGCAAUGUAUUGCAAAUGUUCUCUUUUGACUUAUAUAUCACGAGUUCAUCUUUGGUACUUAUGGUUAAUAUGACUUGACCAAGGAUCUAACAGUUUAUCUUUAAUUUAUUUUACAAGUGAAUCAUUAUUUUUACUAUUUCAUGAGUAAUGUUAAGCUGUUUAGUUUCUUUCAGCAUGAUACACUGUACAUAAUUUACAGGCUGAAUCAUAGAUGAUCAACUUCUUCCCUCUUAAUAAAUGGUGCCAGGUAUAUGGAAUUCAGUUUUUAACUGCGUUAUAGGUAUUCCAGUAUUUGUGUGGAGAAAAACCUUAUUUAUUCUCAACAUAAAUAUUUCUGUUCAUGAAUUUAUAUCAUCUAAGAUGUCAAGGAUAGGUAUAUGUGUAAUACAUCUGGAAGGUACACAAAUAAUAAUUUCAUAAGAAGCUAAGUGGAAGUAAUGAGAGAGUAAAAUUGGGCGGGGGAGGGGAGGGGGGGACACCCUGAAAAUUAAUAAGAAAACAUAAAAAAAUAAAAAAAGAUUUCAACUAUAAACUUAAACUUGAACCAUUCAUUCUUCCUGUGCAUGUAUUGCUUCUCUGUAGAAGAAGAUCAUUACCAUAAUUUAAGAAAUAUUUAUUGUUGUUACUUGCCAUGUGGUGUCUUUUGUAAAUAUACCAGUGUCCAUAAGAAAUACUCUACUUUUGGCCAUAACUAUCAACAAUAAAUGUUGAUGGUUUCCUUAAAUGGCAUGUAUCUUUUUAUUGCACCUCUAUGAAGGUGGGUUGUGAAUACAGAGCUCGAUUGUGAUUGGUGUUGAUAUUUCAAGUAAUUGUUGUGAUUAUAAUUGUGAUAAGUAGCACUGUGAUGAAACUUUAUAAGCUUACGUCAGCAGACAACAAUGAACAAUUCAUGGACUAAUAUAGAUUACAGAAGAUGGCAUUGUGUCAUAUAGUAAACAUUGUUUUAGGGUAUAUUGCGUUGUACACUGGCAAAUAAUAGUGGAAAGCAUUGUUGGUUUCUAAAUGACAGUCAUGUUGGAAAUUAAUUUAGUCUUAGAUUCACUGUCAAAUAUCAUUUUUCUAUUCAUUCCAACAUAUUAUUUAUUAAUAUAAAUGUUUUGUUGUACUCUUAUUGUCUAGAAGAAUUUGUUUUACUAGACAUAACCAGCAGUAGUUGAAGCAUUGCAAACACAGUGUACAUACAUUUAAACAGCUUAUCAUUUGUGGAAUUUCUCAGAUGCUUAUGUAAUUUGUGACCAUGACUGAUGCAGGGAGCACAGUCCUAAUAAUCUGUGAUGCAGAUUAAUAUUGUAGAAAAAAGCUGAAGAAUCUCAACAUGGCCCAAAUAAGUCAUAUUUUAUACCUAAAAUGGGAAUUUUGUCCUUUAUUAGACCUGAUGUCUCCCUGGAUCAAUCCUUCUUCAGCUCACUUUGCAAGGGAAAAGGAGAAUUCAGUGGUCCUGAUGACUGUCAUAGGAAUAUUGCUGGCUCUGCCCAUUUUCGGUGUUGUAGUGUGUGAUGUUUAACCUCAUUUAGUAGCCAAAGAAAUGUUACUUGUUUACUGUAAAUACCCAAAUUUGUUGCCCACUUCCACAUAACUACACACAGCCAUAGAACGUACAUUUAAAGCCUAAAAUGAGAUUAAAAGAAUGAACAAAGCAAGAAAAUUUGACAUUUGUGUUAGAUGUUGCUGUUACUCUUGUUUCUUAUAAAAUCAUAUUUUAGUGCUGUUGUUGCAGUAAAUCUGUGGUCACCAAGGUACUGUACUUUGGGAUGUAGUUUAGGUUCAAACCUCAGAAGUAAUAUUGAGAUAUGAGUUACUGUUGCGUAAGGCUGUGCACAAAAUUAUGCUAACAGAAAUCAUUUUCGUAAGUAAUGUUUUGGUAUGUAGCAUAGUAGUUAUUGUAAAAAUACAAAAUCUGUUAAAUUUAUAAACACUGUGCAUAGACCACAGAAGGAUAACAUUAUGAGUUAACAGUAUGCAUAACAACCAACCAAUGAAAGAUCAGCUACACAUUUUUGAAUUCUGUGAGCUACCUGCAGUGUCCUUUGUUGUUUUAUAUAAGUAAGCUAUAUAACUUAAAUAUUUAUUUAUUUAUAAAUUGCCUGAACAUAAAUUAAAAUCAGUUGUACAUAAAAUGGCUCACUAUUUAAAUAAUUCAAACAGCCUCAACUUGAGAAUGAAAAAUUACAUAUGUAGCUAUUUGUGUACAUAUGUUCUCUAACGUGGAGAGACAUGUAUCAAAAAUAUUUUUCUGCAAUACAGCUACCAUGUAGCAAUAGUUCUGGAAUACCUAACAUGUAUAGCUUUCUGAAAUUUCACACAGAUUACAAAAUGCUUUAUGCUUUA